GUUGACCGAAACGGAGGAAAGAAUUCUCGCAUUGCCCGCCUACAUAUUCUGGUCUUACUCGUUGGUCUGGACUAGACUUUUCGGAAUGAGGGCGGCGCUCCGCUCGGCUGCGCUGCGGGCGUCCCGGUUUGACCCUGCGACGACGACGACACUUCCACGAUACGCCUCGACCGCUGCGCCGUGGACUCGAUCCUUUCAAAAUGCGCCUGCGCCGCUCGUAUCUCCCCCGAGCGGAACUUUAGGAAUAAGGACUGGGGCGUGUGCGCGACGCUACCGAACACCUUGGCCUUCGACGUCACAUGCGGCAUCCUACUCGACGAAUACAACCGGACCCGGACAGGCGCAUAAUGAUGGACAUGGCUCAAACCGGUCGCAGAGGAAAUUGGUGAAAUAUGCUGUUAUUGGGGGAACGAUUGUUGUUGGCGCAGCGGUGUUUUCGGACCAGGCUCAGCAUCUUUAUCGCGCUGCUGCGAGAACUGGACGGGUGGUGGGGACUCUAGCCGUCUGUAUCAAUGACUACCGAGUUACGCUCAAGCAAGAGACGUCGACCCCCGAGGAACGGAGCGAAAUACUAAAGGCAUGCCACAAGCGAUGCGCGGAGCGGACGCUCCGCGUUCUGGAGAAGAACGGUUCGAUAUUCAUUAAGCUGGGACAACACCUGAGUAGCAUGGGCUAUCUGCUCCCGCUGGAGUGGACGACGACCUUUGUGCCGCUUCAAGACAAAUGCCCCGUGUCGUCGCUCGAGUCCAUCGAGCAGAUGUUCCUCGCCGACACGGGCCACGGCGUCGACGAUCUGUUUUUCGAUUUCGACCCCGUGCCUAUCGGGGCUGCUUCCCUUGCGCAGGUUCACAUCGGUACGCUGAAGGAAACGGGUCAGAAGGUUGCUGUUAAGGUGCAGCACCCCGCGCUGGCGGAGUGGGUCCCGUUGGAUCUUGCGUUGACUAGGUUUACGUUCUCGAUGCUGAAGCGAUUUUUCCCGGAGUAUGAUCUCGAGUGGCUGUCUCGCGAGAUGGACCUGUCUCUGCCUCAGGAGUUGGAUUUCCGGAUGGAGGGGCAGAAUGCUACGCGGGCUAGCGAGUACUUUAAGAAACACUCUGAUGCGCCAGUCGUUAUCCCCGAUGUCAUCUGGUCUCAGAAACGCAUCCUCGUCAUGGAGUUCAUCUCCGGCUGCCGUCCCGACGACCUGGCGUCCCUCGACGCCAACCAGAUCAACCGCGACGAGGUAUCCGCGCAACUAGCCCACGUCUUCAACGAGAUGAUCUUCGGCAACGGCGCACCCCUCCACUGCGACCCCCACGGCGGAAACAUCGCCAUCCGCAAGAACCCCAACGGCCGCCGCCACAACUUCGAGAUCAUCCUCUACGACCACGGCCUGUACCGCGACAUCCCCACCGACCUGCGCCGCAACUACGCCAAGCUCUGGCUGGCGGUGAUCGAAUCCGACGUGGAGCACAUGCGCGAGUACUCGCGCAAGGUGGCCGGAAUCACCGACGAGCAGUUCCCGCUGUUUGCGAGCGCCAUCACCGGACGAGAUUAUACUGCUCUGCAGAAGAAGGACAUUGUUUCGACGACGCGUGAUGCCUCCGAGCGGGAGCACAUGUCCGGCGCCUUGAGCGACGGCAUGCUGCAGCAGCUGGUGGAACUGCUGGGUCAGGUCCCUCGCAUUAUUCUGCUGAUCUUGAAGACCAAUGAUUUGACCCGCAGCCUCGACGAGAACCUCCACACCCGCCAGGGCCCAGUGCGCACGUUCUUGAUCCUCGCGCGUUACGCGACGCGCACAGUCUUCGAAGAGCAGAUCGACGAUAUCAACGCGACUGGUGGGGUAUUGCGCCCGUUUAACUUUUUGCGGUUCCUCCGAGCGUGGGCUGGCUAUCUGCGCGUGGAGCUGAAGCUCUCUGUGUAUGAGACGGUGUUGUCGUUGAAGAGCCGACUGGGAUUGCUUGGGUGAUCUCUUCCCUCGGUGGUAUCUUUUUUCUUUGUUUCCUCCCUUCCUUUCAUUUCCUUUUCUUGCCCCUUUUCCUUUCCGUUUAGACAACCCCCACAUGUACAACAUCGACAAUUUCUAUAUACGAUACAAGAUACAGAUACAGAUACAGAUACACCAAGACCUCGACCUGAUGGAAAAUACAUACACGAGGAGCAUCUGUGUAUCAGCAUCAGUAUCACAGCUGGCGUUUUUCUCUUCUUUCUUUUCUUCGGGUUGAUUGUUUAUUAUACAAGGCCGUCUGUCAAUUCUGGUUUGAGGCUAUUGCGACGGAUGGCUAGGUGAAAGUUCAAAUGAGUGUGUGUCUAUAGAGGCCGGAUUUGGCGGUUCGGCAACGCACAUCGCAUA